AGCACCACACACAAGGCUGCCCCUUCACCCACACCUUAGUGUCCUCCCACCUGUCUCUCUACCCAGGAGGUAUCUCACGGGACUGCUGGAAAAAAAAAUACUCAUUUCACGUUGUCCCAAUUCUGGAGAGACGGAUCCGUUGCUAGUGGGAUAUCUCGUUAGAAAGUGCCCCUCGUGAGGGAUACUACAGGAGAUUCUCGCCAUGGGGUACUCCCGGUGUUUAGCUGUUCGCGAGUUCCUGGCUGUCUGUCUGCUGCUGGUAGGACAUUCCGUCUGUCUUGAGGAGACAGCUACGAUAGCCAGUGUUGGCGAUGUCAGGCAAGUUGUUAGGACUGAAUCGCCUGUGACAGAUGAUCCCGACAGUGAGGACUCUCACGUACCUAACUUUAAUAGAUGUGAGGGAGACUACAUAUUGAGAUGUAAAGAUCGUCGUUGGUGUUACACGAAGAAGCAGAAGUGUGAUGGCUUAGUUGACUGUCCUGAUGCUACUGACGAGAGGAAGUGCGAGUGUCGCUCACGUCUGGGAGAAGACAGGCGCUGUGAUGGCAUCAUUGACUGUCCUGACUUCUCUGACGAGCUGGGAUGCUAUGGAUGCAUGGCUGGCCAGCUGUGGUGCAAGAUGAGAGAGGAAGCGCACUGUGUGAAGAAAUCUCAAAUGUGUGACGGCCAUAUUAACUGUGAUGGUGGUGAGGACGAAGUGUUCUGCAGCAGACUCUCCCUACAGCAGGUAGACCACACGAUGAUCCCGAGCAUGCGUAAGGAAGGUUAUUUGCAGGUGAAGAGGAACGGAGAAUGGCUUCCCUUCUGUGGUCACCUUAAACAGAAAUUUAAAAAAAUCAUUGUUGAUCUCUGUGACGAGGUUGUCGGUGAGAGAGAGGCUGAAGACUCCUAUAGACUGACUGCUCUCAGUCCCGGCAUAGUACCUGAAGAAAUAAUCUGGACACACUGGGAUGACUCGGCGGAGAUGAUCUACGUAUCCAAGGGCUGCUCCUCUAAGCUUGGAGUGUACGCUACCUGUAGCAACCCAGUGUGUGCUAGCGACUUUCCUAACAGGCAACGCAGGCAGGCAGGUGAUAAAAAUCGAGGGAUGAGCGUUAGAGAGGCCGUCCACCGCGUCCGCCGGGACCACGGUCAAAUGAGAAUUGUCGGUGGAGAAGAGUCUUUGGAGGACGUGUGGACGUUCUUGGCUAGCCUGGUGAGGAAUGGCCAGCAUGGAUGUGGUGGUACAAUCCUCAGCUCGGAAUGGAUACUCACGGCUGCACAUUGCUGUAUGGGGUGGUUGAGCAAGCUGACAGACGUACAGGUAGGGAUGCUGCGCGUAAAUUCCUUUUCACCAUUCGAACAGACAUCAGUUUCUUCUCAAGUCUUCGUCCAUGAAGACUACGACUCUAAACACGUCAGGAACGACGUGGCCCUCAUAAAGCUGGGAACACCUUUGCAGCUUAACAGGUGGGUACGUCCAGUGUGUUUGGACACCCAGUCAGAGUUCAGUGCCGGAGACUUGUGUUAUGUAGCUGGCUGGGGUAACCUGGCAGAGAACACUACAGAGACGCCCGACCACCUACAGCAAGUUGCUAUACCUAUCAUGCCAACUUGUAAACGCCACUUCAACACCAUCAAGGACGAAGAGGUUAUCUGUGCCGGCUUCAAGGAUGGCAAGAGAGAUUCCUGCCAGGGAGACUCUGGUGGUCCACUCUUUUGCAAAGGGUCGUCUGGGUGGAGACAGGUGGGUGUGGUAUCCUUCGGUGUGGGGUGUGCCAGGUCAGACAGUCCUGGUGUUUACACAAGAGUUGUCCACUACCUUCCAUGGAUACGGGCCAAGAUAGACAAGAUGGACAAGCCCAACAGGGCUGGUCCACUUCCCUGCAAAGGUAUUCGCUGUAAAUUGAGUUACGGCUCCUGCGCCUCACUGAAGACUGUGUGCAACGGCAAGAUUGACUGCCUGGCUGGUGAAGAUGAAAGGAACUGUCCCCAGUACUAUGAUUUAUCCUUCCCGGAAGAUAAUGUCACGGAAAUCGUCCCCACCACAGAGCCCCUCGCACAGCUCGCCACCAACAGUGUGGAGACUUUGUUCACCACUAUUACUACUACUGAACAGUCAUAUUCAGUCAGCUCAAACAAUGCAGCUCAUGUUCCUAAUUUUACUACGACCAGUAAUGAAACUGCUCCCAGUCCAUCUACAGACAAGAGACCAUCUACUGCAACUAUUGAGUCGGGCACAGCAGUCUCUCAGUCCUCGGUCAGUAAUGCGCGUGCAAACUUUUCUAAGGUUCAGCAUCCUCAGAAUGACACCAAAGAGAACCAGCAGCUGGCAACUUCAGGUUCAACGGAAAGAUCAGAUAUUGGCCGCAUGUGCAAGUAUCCAGAGAUUCCUGUGUCCUCUCUGAAGACAUCGACGAACUGCUCAAGGGAAGAGUUUAUCUGUUUAGAUGUACCGCAAUGCCUUGCAUGGGAAGCAGUGUGUGACGGGGUAAGACACUGCAAAGACGGAACUGACGAGAUCCACUGCACUUGCCUGGACAGGCUGCUGAAGUUCCGUGAAGACCUCGACUGUGACGGCCACUUCGACUGCUUUGACCUGAGCGACGAGACUUGCAGUCUGUGCGAGUCUGAUUACUUUCUUUGCAAGAGAAGCAGAGCUUGUAUUCCCUUCAGCAAAGUGUGCGACAGCAAUCCCGACUGUCUUUAUGGUGAAGAUGAACUAGAUUGCAUUGCGCUGGUGGAGGCAGGAGAGUCGCUGCCGUACGAGUCGUCGGGUCAUGUGGUUGUACAGUCGCAUGGUAUGUUGCUGCUACGGUCUGGUGCAACUUGGUCUUCAGUGUGUCUGGAUGACCUCCCUGAGGAUGUGGGCAUAAGUGUGUGCUCCUAUCUUGGCUACAAUAAGUUGGCUAACGUGAGUUACAUUGAAGCGGAGAGAAUCCUGGGUACAGCCUCGCCCCGUGAGGCACUACCCAUCAAACACACUCACAGGAACGUGUCUAACUUCUACGAACACCCUUCAGGCAAGACUAGGAACACCCGCUCUGUGGUGGGUGACAUGAGCAGCAGCAGCAGAGUGAGUGAGAGGCUGUGGCCAGUGAUUAACACUAGCAUUAAUUCUGACCCUCAGAACUUGGGCUUCAUGGAGCAUCUGAGAGAGAUGUCGCGCAGUGGAAGGCAGAAGAGGGAUGUGUGUACCCAGGAUGGAUAUGAGGUGUACAGUAAACUAGCUCCUACAGCGGCAAAAUCUAAAUCUAAAUUAUUCUAUCGCACCUGA